AUGUCAUGGGUUAAGAAAACGAUAGAACAAAUAACAACCACAUCAACAUCAACGACAACUACAACAACAACAACGACUACUCCGACAACAACACCGGAAGUAACUACGAUAGAAACUACGACUAACACAACAGAGUCAGCUACUAUUGAUUCCAACGAUAGUAAUAUAUGGCCCAUUGUUGGCGCCGUAUUAGGUGGUUUACUAGUUAUUUCAUUAUUGUUACUUAUUCUGUAUUGUCUUCUGCGGAAAAAGAAAGUGCCUGAUGCUAAGGAUGACUUGGUAAAAGUUGAAGAUGGUUUGGACGAUGAUCCGAGCGAUGAUGAAUCAAUACCAUCUAUUGAAUAUCCAGAGACAUGGGACACGCCCACAAAAGAUCCCAUUGGACCUUUAAGGCGAUACGUCACAACAGAUACGAUGUCUCAAACAGAACUUCUAAAAAAACUAAAGAAUAUAAAUUUUAGAGAACCAGAAAAACCUCCAACACCACCACCACCACCGCCGCCGCCAACACCACCACCAAAAACACCACCACCAAAAUAUAUGCCAUGGCCUUGGAGAACUGCAAAAAGAGCCUCUGCCUUAGGUUCAAAACAAGAUAAGGGAAAUUUAGCAGACUAUACAAUAUCUAAAUAUGGAAUAAAAUAUGAUGACACAGGCAUUCCCAUUUCUGACAAAAAGCUAUCUAGACAGGCAACAAAAUUUAUACCACCACCAAAAUCUUUGAUGCGCAUGUCUAGGGAAAGUUCAGUUAUCUCAAGAUCAAACUCGCUUCCCUCUCUGAAAGAGUCUCAAUCGACCGAAAUUUCCCCACAAACACGCAUGUCUAGUCCUGAUGAGUCUUUCUACCGUUCUCAGUCAAUGGAAGAUAUUCCGGCUACAUCAACAACUGAUCUUGAUAGUCAGGUGGUAUCGACGAUAGAUCCUUUAUCAAUGCAAGACAUUCAGAUACCAACACCAAGUACUACAUUUAAUUCUUUUGCCCCACCGAAGGGAACACAGUUACCGUUAAUAAUACACAAACCAAUUAUUAAUACUGGAGUUAGUUCAGCUGCUUUGACAAAAGAUAUACAGACACCUGCGCUAAAGCGAAUACAAAUGUAUAGAGCAUUAUCUACUGGGUCAAUCGGAACUUUCUCAGACAGAACACAAACAGAAAUAUUAAUGGAAGAAGAGAAGGGAAUAAAUGAAGCAGAUGUAGUGAAUAAAACAGAAAUAAUAAAUGAUAAGGAUAGACCCUCCAUAAUGGAUCAAACAAAACCAUAUAAUAAAACAGUUCCACAUUACAUGUUUCCUAUUAGAUCAAAUUCACUUACCAAAUUUGAGAAAAAGAUGGGCAAAAAUCCUCUCUCACAGACUCUACCAAGAUCGAAAACAGAAAUGGUACCAUUGUCGGACAAAAUAAAUAGACCGAAGAAAAAUACAUUGAAAAAAAAGAAAAAGAAGGGAAAGAAAAGUAAGAACAGUCCAUAUAUGGACAGUCUUACACCAAGAGCUCUUCCUCCGAUUGUAACAUUAAGCCAGAAAAAAGGCUCUAACAAUAAAGUUAAACCUGUAGACUCAAACAAGAAGCGAAAGUCAAAGACUAAUGCGAACUUUAACACUGGAAGUGCGUCAAACAAGUCGACAACAGCAAAAAAUGAUAACACGCCAGAAACAGAUCACCCUUCUCCAAACCUUGGAAUGAAAUCUGAAACGUUUGUCAGAAAACAAGAACAAACUGAGAAUAUACCACCUUCAACUGACUUUUUACAUAGAAUGAAAUCAUCUGCGACGGAUUUUCAAGAUUCUGGCAUAUCUGCCGAUGAGUCAUCACUAGAUAGACAAAGAUCGUACUGUGCUACUAAACUUCCAAGUAUAACGACACAUUCAGAAGUUAGCAAUAAUGAACAACAGAAAAAUGAUGAACUAAUCAAACUUCCCGACCUUGAAACAAAACAGAAGAGUUAUGUGAGACCGUGGCGAUAAAGUAUAUGAAAGUGUGAAAAAAGAAACAAUAAAGACGGAAUUUUUAAUAUUGAUAAUAUUAUGUCUUUUAAAAAUGUUUUAUUAGAUAAAUUGAAAAAACAAUAGAACAUGCAAAACUGUUGGUAGAAAAUAUCAAUACGAUAUUUGAAUCAAAUUUAUUUACAUAAAAGAAAUCAAUUAAUUUCUAUAUUUGAAUAGAAGGUAUAUUAACACAGGUGUUUCACUAAAUCUUUUAACACUUACAUGUUCCAAUUGAAUUUUAAUGUUCCAUAAAAACAUGUUAUAUUGGUCUUUUAGAGAUAUUGCCACUUUGGACUAAGUAGUUUUUAUACAUCUUCAACUUUUAGAUAUUUGAAUUUAAGCGUUCCAGAUGAUAGUAAAUCUAGUAAAGCUUCAGACGCACGAAAUUUAUUAAGUAUCAAUUUCAUCUACUGGUACUGGUACUCGAUAGUCGAUACUAUUGCUUAUGAAUUACUAGCCACAAAUUGGACAAUCAGCUCAUUAGCUUGUGCUUUGGUAUUAACAUUAUAAUAAGUUCGUAAUAAACGAUGGUUUCUUUGA